CAUUUAUUCUGGUUACCUUGGUAUAAACGUGUGUAAUUCUGGCCUGCUGUAAAGUGAGAAACACACUAGUGCACAGAGAUUCUUUUUCCUCAGAUUUUAAUGGAUUAAAAACAUAUACAAGAGCUGUACAUAUGUAGAACAUGUUCUAAAUAGCCUCACUUUCUUCCUCUAAAAUGUUUAUCCUUCCUGUACGAUUCUAUUCCUGCCUUUUCUGGGAGGCUUAACUAGAUUGGAUUGGAUUGGAACAGAAUAGUUGUGUUGCUUUUUCGGUUCUGAAUCUGACCAACUUGUCAAACUAGGGCUGGAUUUUUUUAUCAUAUAACCUGUUGUGUUUCCUCUUUAGUUUAUCCUGGAUAACUCCUAAACUGCCUAUUGUGAAGUACUGUUCACUAAUAAUUUCCUGUGUCGUGGUUCAUGUGCUUGGCUUUUCUGAUGCGUGAUGUUUUCUACCUGGGUCGCUUAAUAGCAUCUUAGACCCAGAUCAAUCAGACUUUGAAAUACUGUUUCAGAAAACGGUUUGUGUUUUCUCCUAUAGUUCUGCAUUUUUGUUCUGUUGAGUAUUUUUUUUAAAGUAGCAUAGCUUUAGAAUGGCACCAGGCUCAGAACUUAGCCAACUUAUCCUGAAUCUACUGGGAAUUUGCAGUAAAUAACCAUGCACAACAGUGUGAUACUGUAUUAUUUUGUUUACAUAGCUUAGCCACUUAUCAAUUUGUAGUUAGUAUUUUUAGGUGUGUGUGUGUGUGUUUGCAACUGUUUCUUAUGUAACAGUUUCUUCUACCCUCACUUCACAAGGCUUCUGACAGGUGUUAUGAGACCUUACCUUCAAGCUCCAUCUAAAAAACUUUAUAUACGUCCCUGCGUCACAUAUGAAGGCAGAGCAAUCUCUAAUUCACAAAAUGCGUUUUCUGUUAAUGUUAACAUUUGUCACAGCUUUUUUGUCUAGUUGUUACAGUAAGGUUGCCUUCUGUAAUUUACAUUGUAUCUGAUGAGUAAUCAGUUAUACAACGAGGUCGCUACAUUUUAAGGCAUCAUCCACAGAUUUCCUAUUUUAUCUUGUGUUAUGAAAAGAUGAACUGGUCUAAUUUUUGUGUUUCUCUAUUUUGUGAGGAAAGGGAGAAACAGAAAAUUUGACCAGCUGUAUGUUGCGAUUGAAGUUUUACCAGAUUUUAUAAUGGAUUCCUGGCCACUGUUUGUCGGUUGGCCUGCAAAAUCAAAUAUUUUUAUUUCCGAGUUGCUUUACAAACAAAUAAUCAAAAGCAGUUGCUUCUGUGGCCAAGGUUGGGUUAAGCUCUUUGCAGUUUUGAUUUAGGGUUGAAUACUUCAAUGGCUGUCUGUCUUUGGAACAAAAAUUGACAUCUUGUUCCUAAACAGAUUGACUGGCUCAUGAUCUGAGCUUCAUUUUUUUGCCUAAAUAUCUGUGGUUAAGAUGUGUAUCUUUACCAACCCCAUUUGACUGCUUAAGUCAAGUGGAUUUUAAGUGCAUUCUUUUCAAGAGCUGACAUCAUAGAAACGUCAAUUCCCCACUUGUUUACAGUGCAAUUAUUAUACAAAGUCCUUGUAUAAAAGAAAUCAGGGUAGCUAUAAUGGGCUUUAAAAUUAAGGAAAGAAAAGAAAUAGAGACAAAAAUAUGUAAUGUGUUUCUGAGCAAGAAGACAAGAUUUUUGCUCCUUGUAAUCCUAGAAGUACAAUACAAAAGCACAAGUAAACAAGGAAAUAAUAUGUUGAUUUCAGUUACAAUUUUGAUCCUGUAAUUGCAAGUUUAAACAGACAAACAUUUGAACAUGGAUGGAGGAAGAAAACUGUUUUCCAGAUAAACUUUAUUCUAGCUAAAUCACAAAUGUCAACGUUAAUCUGCAACUUGAGCAAAGACUAGCACGACCUUCUUGGCAUUAAACAGGCAUCGGCUCUCCUAUUUUGCUGAUGGAUUUGAACAAAUCCUGAGUGAUUGUUGUGAUCUGUUGGUCUUUUGGCUGCAUUUUUUAAAUCCAGAGUGAUUUUUCUGCCUGAUGGUUAGGAGAAAGGGGGACAUGGAGGCAUAGGAGUCUUUUUCUGUGGAAGUGCAGAAUAUUCCAGGUUCCUUUCUGGGCAUCUUGGAGAAAAAAGAAGAGAGACAGCAAUAUUUUUGGAGCAAAAUGGUGCAAGUCCAGUGCUGGGUAUAAUCUGUUGUGUUUAGCCAAGAAUGGUGUUACUUUCUGGAGCAAUCCCUGGUGGUAAAUUUUAAAGUUACUGAAAGGUUCCCAGAGACGUUUCAUUGCAAUGAAAGCCAAGGCAGGUCUACAGUAUGAAAAGCACAGCAUAGAAGGAGAAAGUCAGGGGGAGUCAAAGAUCCAGGCAGUGGGUCUUCAGCAUUCAUGAUUCUCCCGCAGUAGCUGCUUUGGGAAGUUGGUUUGCUUGGCCUGGCAAAAUGCUAUUUACUUGCCUGUCUGGGUUCACUUGUUGCCUGCAUCUGUUGAGGUAGGACUUCUGUACACAGCUGUUGCUUCUGAAGAGAUGAAAAUGUAUAUUAUUGGAUUUAACCUGUGCGGAGUGAACUUUGGAAAAGCACCUUGUAUUCCAAAGGUCCUUUUUUUGCUAACCAUUUCUUAAAAUCUCCACUCCUCUCUCCUUCCCACUUACCGAGGCUCUUCUCUUUUCUUUAGCAUGAAGUAGCCAUAGAUUGUAUAUUGGAUGCCUGCAAAACCUUGUUUCCAUUUCAUAUUUUGGAGUAUGCUGGCUUUUCAUGACAACAAACCCAGGAGGAUCUUCCCUGAGCAAGGAGGAAACAGUUCUGGUUUUGCUGUAUAAAGCAAAGGGCCUUUGCAUUCGAUGGCUGACACGGACCUGUUUAUGGAAUGCGAAGAGGAGGAACUUGAACCCUGGCAGAAGAUCAGCGAUGUGAUUGAGGACUCUGUGGUGGAAGAUUACAACUCGGUGGACAAAACGGCUACAGUUUCAGUCAGCGUGCAGCCAGUGGCCGCCCCUGUGCCGACCGUUGCCCACCCGUCCAUCGGCAGCGGCCUCCCCACCACGCCCGUUAGCAGCGGCACCUCCAACAAUGACAGCACGAAGAAGACGUUGGUGACUCUCUUUGCAAACAAUAGCACCGGCACGCCUCUGGUUCAGCAAGCGGGCCAGCCCCUGAUCCUCACUCAGAACCCCACCUCUGGGCUAAGCACGGUGGUGACUCAGCCCGUCCUCCGGCCUGUGCAGGUCAUGCAGAAUGCAAACCACGUGACCAAUUCUCCAGUGACCAGCCAGCCCAUCUUCAUCACGACUCAGGGUUUUCCCGUGCGGAACGUCCGGCCUGUGCAAAACACGAUGAACCAGGUUGGGAUUGUCCUGAAUGUGCAGCAGGGCCAGACCGUACGGCCGAUUACACUUGUCCCAGCCCCAGGCACGCAGUUUGUGAAGCCCGCUGUCGGCGUCCCUCAGGUUUUCUCUCAAAUGGCCCAGGUGAGACCUGCUCCAACCAUGCCGGUCCGACCGGCCUCCAACACGUUCACAACGGUCAUUCCGGCCACCCUGACCAUCCGGAACACGGUCCCACAGUCCCAAGCACAACCGCAAAUGAGCAUUGCGAGUUUUGUCGCGGUGAAGAAACCCGGCAUGGCGGGCGAGAACAGCAACGAGGUGGCCAAGUUGGUGAAUACCCUGCACACCGUCCCUUCGCUUGCUCAGAGCUCGGGCCCCCUGGUGGUGCCCAACAACAGCCAGGCCCAUGGUUCCCAGAGGACGGGCAUCUCCGAGUCCCCCUCCCAGAAAGUCAGCUCCUCGCCGAUCCCCGCCUUCGACCUGCAAGACAGCGGGCGGAAGUCCUGUCCUCGCUGCAAUGCCCAGUUCAGAGUCACUGAAGCUUUAAGAGGCCAUAUGUGUUACUGCUGCCCUGAAAUGGUGGAAUUCCUGAAGAAAGGGAAACCCCUGGAGUCUGAACCAAAUAUCCAAGCCCCCAAGCCCCCUUCCCCAGAUAAAACGGCCGCCGUGACUUCGCCCCCCUCCUCCACCCCCAUCCCCGCCCUCUCACCGCCAGCCAAGCUCUCCGAGCCCAGCGACGGCACCAGCGAGGGGGUGCAGAGCAAGCUGAUCAUGUUGGUUGACGACUUCUACUACGGCAGGGACGGAGGCAAAGUGAGCCAGCUGCUUAACUUCCCCAAAGUGCCAACCUCCUUCCGAUGCCCGCAUUGUACAAAGAGGCUCAAGAAUAACAUACGGUUCAUGAACCACAUGAAGCACCACGUCGAACUGGACCAGCAGAACGGAGAGGUGGACGUCCACACCAUCUGUCAGCACUGCUACCGACAGUUCACCACCCCCUUCCAGCUGCAGUGUCACUUGGAGAACGUCCACAGCCCGUACGAGUCCACCACCAAGUGCAAGAUCUGCGAAUGGGCUUUUGAGAGCGAGCCCAUGUUCCUGCAGCACAUGAAGGACACCCACAAGCCCGGGGAGAUGCCCUACGUCUGCCAGGUCUGCCAGUACCGUUCGUCGCUCUACUCGGAAGUGGACACCCAUUUCCGGAUGGUGCACGAGGACACGCGUCACCUCCUCUGCCCGUACUGCCUCAAGGUCUUCAAAAACGGCACGGCGUUCCAGCAGCAUUUCAUGAGGCACCAGCGCUGCGUCUCCCCUCCUCCCUCGCAGAAGAAGAGCGUCUACCAUUGCAACAAAUGCCGCCUGCAGUUCCUCUUUGCCAAGGACAAGAUCGAACAUAAGCUGCAGCACCACAAAACCUUCCGUAAACCCAAGCAGCUGGAAGGGCUGAAGCCGGGCACCAAGGUGACCAUCAGGGCCUCCCGAGGUCAGCCGCGGACGUUGCCCCUCUGCGCAAACGACAUGCCCCCGGGCCUCCUCCAGGACGCGGCCUUGCUCUCGGCGUCUCCGGAUCCCCAGCCGAACUUCUCGUACCCGCCCUUCCAAAGGAGCAUCCAGAAGAAGGCUGUCCGGAAAAUGAGCGUCCUCGGCCGGCAGACCUGCCUAGAAUGCAGCUUCGAAAUCCCGGACUUCCCCAACCAUUUCCCCACCUACGUCCACUGUUCACUGUGCCGUUACAGCACCUGCUGCUCCCGUGCGUACGCCAACCACAUGAUCAACAACCACGUUCCUCGCAAAAGUCCGAAAUACUUGGCUUUGUUCAAAAACUACACUGCUUGUGGGGUUCGGUUGGCUUGCUCUGCUUGCCUCUUUGCCACGUCGGAGGGGGACGCCAUGGCCAAGCACCUGGUCUUCAACCCGUCCCACGAAUUCAGCAACGUCAUUCUAAGAGGUCCCGCUUGGAGUUCCCAUACAAGGCCUGCCCAGCCGCUCGAAGGAGGCAUGAAGCCCUCCGUCUCCACCGCCUCGCCCAGCAAAGCUGCCACUGUGAACACACCGCCUCCUCUGGCCGAGGAGGAGGAGGAGGAGAAGGCCCAGGAAGCGCCACCGGUGGUGCCUGAGCCGACGCCCGAGGCCAGCUGCUCUCCUGCUGCGGUCCAGGAGAACGAGGGCUCCACCGCCUUGAACGUUGACAGCCGCGAAGGGGAACCUGAGCCCAAGGAGGUUCCUGAGCCCGUCAGCAGGAAGGAGCAGCUCUCCGUGAAGAAGCUGCGAGUCGUCCUCUUUGCCUUGUGCUGCAAUACUGAGCAGGCGGCGGAACACUUUAAGAACCCGCCCCGGCGGAUCCGUCGCUGGCUGAGGCGCUUCCAGGCUUUCCAGGAGGAGAACGUGGCUUCUCUGUCAGAGGGCAAGUACCUGAGCUUGGAAGCGGAGGAGAAGCUGGCCGAAUGGGUCCUCACGCAGCGCGAGCAGCAGCUGCCAGUCAACGAGGAGACCCUCUUCCAGAAGGCCACCAAGAUCGGCCGGUCUCUGGAGGGGGGCUUCAAGAUCUCCUACGAGUGGGCCGUCCGGUUCAUGCUGCGGCACCACCUCAGCACGCACAGCCGCCGGGCGGUGGCUCACCCGCUCCCCAAGGAUGUGGCGGAGAACGCCGGCUGCUUCAUCGAGUUCGUGCAGGGCCAGAUCCACACCCAGGACCUGCCCCUCUCCAUGAUUGCGGCCAUCGACGAGAUCUCCUUCUUCCUGGACGCGGAGGUCCUCUGCAGCGAUGACCGGAAGGAGAACGCCUUGCAGACGGUGGGCACCGGGGAGCCCUGGUGUGACGUGGUCUUGGCCAUCUUGGCCGACGGGAGCAUCCUGCCCACCGUGGUCUUCUACCGAGGCCGCCUGGAGCAGCCCGCCAACGUGCCCGAGACGAUCCUGCUAGAGGCGAAGGAGAACGGCUACAGCGACGACGAGAUCGUGGACAUCUGGUCGUCCAAAGUCUGGCAGAAACACAUCGAGCACCAAAACAGCAAAAGCAUGGUGGUCCUGGACUGCCAUCGGACUCACCUUUCUGAAAAGGUCCUCUCCAUGCUGAGCUCGUCCAGCACCUUGCCGGCGGUGGUGCCGUCCGGCUGCAGCUCCAAAAUCCAACCCUUGGACGUUUGCAUCAAAAGAACGGUGAAAAACUUUGUGCACAAAAAGUGGAAAGAGCAGGCCAAGGAGAUGGCGGACUCCUCCUGCGACUCGGACAUCCUCCUGCAGCUCGUCCUGUGUUGGCUGGCCGAGGCCCUGGAGGUCAUCAGCGACUGCCCCGAACUGGUGCAGCAGUCGUUCCUGGUGGCCAGCGUCCUGCCCGGCCCGGACGGCACGGCCAACACGCCCACCCGCAACGCGGACAUGCAGGAGGAGCUGAUCGCUUCGCUGGAGGAGCAGCUGAAACUCCACAACGAACUGCAGGACGAGGAGGGUGACCUGAACAACGAGGGGGGGAAUCCGUCGGAGGAAUCCGCUAACCCCGAGAUCCUGCACCAGCUCUUUGAGGGGGAGAGCGAGACCGAAUCCUUCUACGGCUUCGAGGACGCAGAUCUGGAGCUGAUGGAAGUGUGAACGCCGAAGGAGAGGGGUGGCGCGGAGGGAGGGAAUGAGAUGAAUUCCUUCUCUUUCUUUAAAAAUGCAUUGUUGGAAGAGACCAUUUUUCCCUACUUCCCUGUGGAUUUGUGGCUACAGGAGACACGUAGGCGAAACACACACAAACUUAAUGAUAGCCAUGUAUGCUGUUCGAAUUCUUCAAAAAGAAAAAAAACACCACCACGUGUUUGCCCCCCUCCCCUUCAAAUCACUGUUGUGGCAUUUCCUGAAGAUAUAUAUCGUGGGUGGAUUUCUUACGAUUUGGUUUUCGUUUUGCAUUUCCUUUACCUCACUGUAUUAUAGUUUCUGGGUUUUUAUUUUGUUGAGUUUUUUUUUAUACUGUGCAAAACAAGUUUUUCAAGAUAUCACAUUAUCAAUGUGACUUUUUUUUUUUUUUUGGAAGGCAAGGAAAAGAGAUACGUAGCCGAUGGAAGAUUUCUCAAUCUCGCUUUUUCUGUUGGCCGUAGCUGCCUAUUUUAUUUUUUUCCCUAUAAUACUUGGACCCGGAAACGUAGAAUUUCUGGGGUAAUAAAUUUUUUUUAAGCUACGAAGAAUCUACUUUGAACCUUCGAAAAACGUUCUAGAGCUGCCCACAAAAAUAAUUGGAAGAUUGCUUUAUGGAAAGGAGACGAGAACAGCAAUUAAAUGCAGGCAUUAUUGUUUAGGAAGAGGCAAAACCUCCCUUCAUGUUUUUGUACGAAACUUGGACGUUAAAGGUAAAGCAAAAAUUCACUUGUAGGAGAGAGAAAAAAAACACCCACCCAGUUUUCAUAGCAAUCGAUGCAAAACCUUUUCAAAGUUCCCGGCGGUGAAACGUUUAUCUGAGUUGCUGCCAAGUGAGCGCAGGGGUGGGGGGACAGUUCAUACCCCACUGCGACCCCCUUUCUCUGGCGGCCGAUUGCAAACAGAUUCUCUUGAACCCCAACAUCGCCUUCUAAAAACUCUGCAAGCUACUGACGCCUUUCGCCGAGACACUACGUCCCCUGACCCAAGUGCUGCAACUGAAACCCCAACUCUGACAUGCACAAAAACAAGGGAAAUUUCCUGUUCUAUUUUACACUGCCAGCAUUAAAAAAAACAAAAAACCAGAGACAUUUAAAAAAGAGAGAUGUUUUUUCUACUGUUUGCAUGUUUGAGAGUUUUUUAAAUUGUAACGUAUUAUGAUCUAAAUGACGAAGAAAACAUUUUGACACAUAGAAAAAACAACCCGCCACCCCGCCGUCUCUACCUGUACAUCUUUUCUGUUUUUCCUUUGAGGUUGGGUGGGGUGGAAUUAAAACCUCCCCUCGUCUUUUCCCUUCCCUUCCCCAACUCCCCGAGGCCAAACUCAAGGGAAGCAGGAAAUAGGGUGGUUUGACCUGUAAAUGGUUCAUCUUUAAAAUGUACAUAUGUGGAACAUUUAAUAAAACCAGGGAAAUGGA